GUCACCAUAAAUGAUAAUUUUGCAAAAUUAUCUGAAGCUCUUUUCACCGCAGACAGGCAUGCUCGUGAAGAACACAAAAAGCCAGAGAAGAAAGGUGACUAUGUUGUUCACCUAAUAGAUAAAGUUUAUAAAUAUCGUAUUAAUUAUAAUAAUAUUGUUACAACUGUCAGAGCUGGUAUUUCUUCGACGACUUUGAACGCAUCAGAAUCCGAUUCUGAAUUAUCUCGAAUGGGUGCAGAACAAAGAGCAAAAUAUCUCGCACGUGAGCAAAACAGAGAUAUUUCUGAAAAGAUUGCAUUGGGUCUUGCAAAACCCACACUUAGUAAAGAUAGUCUUUAUGACUCUCGAUUAUUCAAUCAGUCAGAAGGUCUAUCAUCAGGAUUUAAAGAUGAUGAAGUUUAUGAUCUGUAUGAUAAACCACUUUUUGCUAGCUCAAGUUCCACAAGUAUAUAUAAUCCUAAAAAGAAUUAUGAUACUGAUCAAUAUGGUGGUGGAGAUGAAGAAAGCAUUAACAGAAUACUAAGUGUUGAUAGAUUUGGGAUUGCUUCAAAAGGUUUUCAAGGAGCUGAUAAAAGCCGGCCAAGAGAUGGACCUGUGGAAUUUGAAAAAGAAGAAGCCGAUCCAUUUGGGUUUAAUCAGUUCUUGGAUGAUGCUAAAAAAGGAAGUAAACGUGGACUGGAGACGAU